AGUCAGCAAAACAAAUGCGAUGAUGCGCGUUUCGAUGGAUGCGGGCAUUGCAAAGUUUAAAAAUUUGCAGUUUAUUUUUAUUUGUCAUUUCAUAUUUAUGCAAGAGAACUUCUUGAACUUUAAUGUGUACUUUGGAUUUGUUUUAAUUUUGCAGCGUUUUUGAGUAUAUAUAUAUUUUUUUUUUUAAAGAAAUACGGUUAGGAUUUAGUGGUGCGAUUAUUGAUUUUAUGAUGUCCUCUAAAUUGAAAGCCCAUUUGUGUUUGAAAAUAUUGAGUGUUGUCAAAGAGAGGUUGCCUGCAAAUGUUGCACAUACACAAUUACUUCCUAAAAUAUCUCUUGGGCGAAUGAGGCAUGGAAAAAUUGUAUAUUUCUUGCCUCUGUCAUCGCUGGAACCUUUCAGUGUAGAGAAGACGAGGAACUUGCUUGCUGCAGAUGGCAUCAUAACAGACAUCCGUCUCGAAGGUCCAGAGCAUCGUGAGAAUAUCGCCCUGGAAAUCAACACUGAACAAUUUGUGAAAAGUGUUUUAGAAGAAGAGCUUGAGAAAAUAACCAAUAGGAGUCAAGUUGUUCAUCAAGCUGCUGCAAAAGAAAAAAUUGUCAUUGAUUACAGUUCUUUGAACAUAGCAAAGCCAUUUCACGUUGGACACUUGCGAUCCACCAUAAUUGGAAACUUUAUUGCGAACGUACUGGAGUUCCUGGGCAACGACGUGGUGAGGAUAAACUACCUGGGGGACUGGGGCACGCAGUUCGGCCUGCUGCAGGCGGGCAUGGACCUGUUGGGCCACUCGGACGACGCCGUACAGCAGAACCCGACGCGCGUGUUGUACGAGGCCUACGUGGCGGCCAACCAGGCAGCCGAGACGGACCCGGGCGUCGGCGAGAAGGCGCGCAGGAUCUUCCAGGCCCUGGAAGAAGGGACUUCUGCGGAUGUGGAGAAAUGGGAGAUGUUCCGCAGCUGCACCGUCGCGGAGCUGGAGCGGACGUACCGGAGACUGAACGUGCGGUUCGACGUGUACGAGUGGGAGUCUGCGUACGGAGCCUCCCGCAUCGGGGACGUCCUGAGGGCGCUGGAGGAGGGGGGCGUCAUGCGGGCCGAGGCGGACGGGCGCCGGGUGGUGGACCUGGGGUCCCGCCGAGUGCCACUGCUGAAGAGCGACGGCACCACGCUGUACCUGACGCGGGACGUCGCUGCCGCCGUGCGCAGGCACUCGGCCCACGGCUUCGACCGCAUGCUGUACGUGGUGGACGGCUCGCAGCGGGACCACUUCGCCGCGCUGGCCGGCGUGCUGGCGCGCCUCGGGCUGCCCUGGAGCCACGCGCUGCGGCACGUCGCGUUCGGCCGCGUCCGGGGCAUGAGCACCAGGAGGGGCGGCGUCGUCUUCCUGGCGGACAUUCUGGACGAGGCCCGCGACCUGAUGCGCAGGAGGCAGCGCCAGUCCGCUACCACAAAGAUAGACUUGGGCGAUAUCAGCGAUGACACGGCGGAUGUUCUGGGAAUAUCUGCAGUUAUUGUCAGUGAUCUGAAACAGAGGCGGCAGCGUGACUACAGUUUUGACUGGGAAAAGGCGCUACAGGCGCAGGGCGGCACGGGCGUGAGGCUGCAGUACGCGCACUGCCGGCUGUGCAGUCUGGAGCGCAGCUGCGGGGUGUCGCUGCCCCCCGACUGCGACCCGGGCGCGCUGCGGGAGUCCCAGGCCGUCUCGCUGGUGCAGGAGCUGGCCAGGUUUGAAGAAGUUGUUGUGAGGUCGUCCUUAGAGCUUGAAGCGUGCAUUCUUGUUAAUUAUUUAUUCAAGUUGUGCAGCGAGAUCAACGCAGCGCUGAGGGUGCUGCCGGUGAAGAACCAGGACGGCCACACGGCAGCCCAGAGGCUGCUGCUGUUCAGCGCCGCCAGGCAGGUUCUGCACCGAGGCAUGAAGAUCGCAGGGCUCCAGCCUCUCCGCCAGAUGUGACAGCUCCUCCUCGCCGAGAUCUUCGCUUCCGUUGUUUCCUGUGCUGUGCAGAGAACCCUGCAAUCCCGAACAUGCACUAAAUUGUCGUGUUAGGGUUACCUAAGCUUGUACACCAUAAGUAGGGGCCUGUUCUUUUCGCGAUCGCGAUUAAACGACGAUAAACGCGAAAUCACCGUUAAAUACAGUUUUUACGCGAAAUCGCCAUAACACAGCAUUUUUACACGAAAUUUUGUAUUAAAACACGAAAUCGCAGUGUUUUUACGCGAAAUUUAAAUACUGGUUAAAAGACGUGUCUCGUCAAUGGUAAACAAACACCGCAACAUGGCCGCCGAACAUUAAUCAUAAAUGCACUAAAGCAAACAAAAGCUUACACACGCUCACGUUAUAAUGUUAAACCCAAAAAUAUACUGUAAAAAUACGCAAAACUACGGCGUUUAUUUUCCUUUCCGGCAUAAUGUUUGGAUAGAUAAGACAAACAGGCGAAGUUUUAAAGCGUACGCACACCGCUCGGGGCACUGACGUCAGCUUGGAACAGCGACACCGGAUAAAUACAAAAGCAAGCAGAUGAUUGGGCGAACGGUGUUUGAAACAGCCUUACGUGAGUGGCCAUAUCACGUCAGCCGGGGGCGCUGGCAUAUAGUUGGAACAGCGUCGUAGUAUCAAGCAGAUUAAAUCGCGCCAAAAAGCGGGAAAAUGUAAACAUACAUUAAUUUUCGAAUGUUGUGACGAUGAUGAUUAGUUGGCCAACAGUUUUUAUAGAUUUUGUUGGGUCGUUACAAAAACGCGGAAAUACCAUAACGCCGAAUGUCAAAAUUAACCACAAAGCCGAAAUAACAACUGAAUGAUUUUGUGUGUUUCUUAAAUGUACCUUAACGCCGAAUCAAACCUAACCUUACCUUACCUAGCGUAGCCUAGCCUAGCCUAGCCUAGCCUAGCCUAGCCUAACCUAACCUAACCUAACCUAGUCUAACCUAACCUAACCCAACCUUUGUGGCAGCCCUGUAAUGACAUUUUUGUGGUGCGUCCUCGAUUUUGUUAAAGGGAUUAAUAGUUUUCCAGAUUAGUUUAUGGGAAUGAAUUAAUAAUCGGUGUCUAAAUCAAAAGUAUUGUCAUAUAAAUAUAUGUAACCUAUUUGUUUAGGGUAUUUACUAAUGAGUAGGUUCAAGUAAAAUUAUUUAACUUAAAUAAUUUUAGAUAUAUUUACGGUAACGCUUUUUUUUUUUAUUAUUUAUUUAUUUAUUUAUUUAUUUAAAAAAGCACCGCUUUUGUGUUUUUAAGUGAAUUUUAUUUUAAGUGAAUUUUAGCACCGCUUGUGUGUUUUAAAGUGAAAUUUAACACCGCUUUUGGUAAUUUUUAAUGACGAAAUCUGAAAAUUUUAUUUACCACUUUCAGGGGGCCCUAACCAUACGGUACGCAGGAGCAUAUUGUCGCUUAGCUAACAAUAUUGCCUAACUUAAUAUAUAUAUAUAUACAUGGAGCCCACUGCAGUCAGUAAGUUUGCUUUCUGUGUUUAGGUAGUUCCAUAAUUGUGCGAGGUGCUGCUAUAUCUAUGAGUUUUUCCAUUAAAAUUGUAUCUGUAGAUACAAAACAGCCUAUAGAAUGUGUUAGAACGAAAAAGUCAAUUAUGUUAAAAAUGUCAGUUUUACGGUAUUGUUCGUUAAGCGACGCUAUGCAGAAUUUGAUGGAAUGGGGAGGGGAGAUAGAACCACUUGCCCACUGUUUUCUUCCAAAUUCUUUCUUUUUGUUGGUGGGAAUGGUAGAUUUUGAAAAGAGAAUUUUUAGAUUUUCCAGGGGGGGGGGGGGGGGGUUACAUAUUUUCUCCCCCUCACCCCUGCGGGCCCUUGCCAUCUGCAUGAUGUUAGUUCACAAGUAGGUUUUCUUUUUCUAUAAUUUUUAAAUACCUACACUGUUCUUGUUUGUUGACCAGAUGUUAGGAUGAUAGGUAUGUUUGAACUGUAGCAAAUGUUGGCCCGCAAGAGAUGUCACAUUUGUUCUCUGAUGAGACACUCAACACUCAUUGUGCAUGUAUGACUGGCAUUGGCUUAUUAGGAAGAAAAAACUGUUCUUAUUUAUUUUAAGCAUAGACUGCAACAUUAACAUUUUUUUUUUCAUUAUUUGUUUUAUUUUUGUGGCAAUUAUAUUUUAGUAUUGUAUAAAUUGUCAUAUUACUAGUUUGGGUUUACUGUAACGUAUGAAAAUUCAGUACAAGGGCUAAUGUAUGAGCUCUACAGCAGUAAAGUUGCUUGAAUAGUCUAUCCUUUAGAGUAUUCAUUGCCUUUUAGUAUGUUAGUUUAAAGAUAUAAAUUAGUAGAAGGCGGGUGAGUAUAUAAAAUUGUUAAUGAUACAGGAAGGAACAAAUUGUUAAAUUAAUUGAUUUUGUACGGGUUUGUAUCAUACAUUUUUAUGCCCGCUGUGAAUUAAAAUCUCUUCCUUAAAGCAGCAUUUCUCUCUAAAGUGAUGUAACUUGCUUAUAAAUUUGUAUAUGUAUGUGCGUCACAACAUCCGUUGCCAAUAUUUAGAUUAAGUUUUAAUCUGCACCAAGAAACAUUUUAUGAGCAUAUACAUACAUAGAACAGUGUGUCUGUCCUUAUUCUGGAAAGUCAAGAAAUUUACUGGAAAUCCUGGAAAGGUGAAGGAAAUUCCCCAUUGAUAGUUAUUUGAGGGGUUGAUGUCAUGCCCCAGUCUCCCAUCACCCUGACUGUGUUUUAGUACAUAGUCAUACGUACUAUCAAAUGGCAUAGCUACAUUCUGUUUGAAUUUUCAUUCGUGUUAAAUAAUUCUACCUUCUAAGUCAGAUAUGGGGAUGGUGGAGUAUGUAUUUUCUUUAUUUCUUUCAGAAUACACUUGCUCUCGAAGAAACACUUUUCAAUUAGUGCAGUUUCAAAGUACAACCCCAAUAAAUUACAGAAUGAUUUGAAGUAACGCAGUCAUAGAUUCGAAGUAGUCCUGUUUCCUUUUGUGUGAAUUUUUGUUUCCAUGCCCGCACAAUGACACAAUGACAAUAACUUUUGUGUAGCUUUAAAUACAAUUCAACUAAUUAAUAAUGUGAUGAAUCAACAAACAAAUUUUUGCUGUUUCCGUAAUAUCUAUUUGCUUCGUUCAUUGCAAUGACGCCCGUCAGUUCAGUGUUUAGCAAACAUUUAUUUUACGACAUCCUUUGUGUCAGUAGCAGCCCUGGGGGGUAAAGCUAAAAGCUCUUGGUGCUAGUUUACCACGCCGCCCAAAAUGGGCGAGUGGCAAAUAAUGGCAGACACUCAUUCGUCAUUCAGUAAACAACAGUGUCUGUAAUUAAAAUGACAGGAUAAAUUACUGUUCUUCAAAUGUAUUUAGACUUAUAUUUGUACUGUAAAUUGAUUAAAAUGGUAGUCAGCAGACACACUUACUUGAUUGGAGAACAAAUUAUUUUGAUUUAUAUACACUCUUUUGCGAAAAAGUAUUUGAUUAGCGCUCUGUUUUCCUGAAAUGAAUCAGAGCAUUACUUUGAGGGGUGGGGUCAGUGGCGCACCCAGGAGGGGGUUUUAAGGGUUUAAACCCCCUCCGAAAAUGUGAGGAAAAAAUAUAGAAUGGAAAAAGUAAAAACAUUCCCAGUCCCAGCAAAAUGUGUAGGAUGGUCUAUGGGCAGCUCUCAAUCUACCAAACUUUGUGAGAUGUUUUCACGUCAGUGUAUACAUUAUGGUGUCGCCAGACUACUAUGCUUACCCCUGCAGCACCUAGCAAUGUAGCAAUCUCUACCCGGCACACCCUUCCCUAAACGUUAUCUCUCGCUCUGUUAGUCGAUGCGUUUUCAUUUUUUCUUACUCAGUCUGUUUUCGGCUACCGUGUAACAUUACCGAAGAUUGUGGGAACUGGGCAGUGUUCUGCUUCUCGAGUUUUAGAACUGAUGUUGAUAGUGAGUGCGGUAUCAGAAUGUCUAAACGUAAGCAUGGUUUUAAUUUACUGAACUACUUCUCCAAACGACCAAAGCCAAGAACUAGUUAUGAUGCUGAACAUGAAGGUAAGCGGCUUGCAGGGAAUUCAUAGAUUUCUCAUUUGUGUGUCAGCUACUAUACUGUAUUUCAAGUAAUUGUCCAUUUUUUUAUGUUGCUCUUCUGAGAAAAGUGCCUGUAAACACAAACAGGAGAGCACAGACCCUGUUGUUUUUUUUUUUUUUCAAGAAGCCGGGAAGUAUUAGGAUUAAGCACCACUACCACUACCACUGCAAUGGAGAGGGCGGGCGUCUUUCUCGGAAGAGAAUCGUCAAAACACGGACAACUUACAUGAAACACAGUAAACAUGCAGUUCAUGAUGAUGGGUAGAUCCGUGGCAGGAAAGCAGGUUGGACAGAGGCACUUGUGAUAUCAUGUGGCUCUAGUCGCCAGAGAGCAUACAUUAGGUACUGUGCAAUACAAAAACAUUAAUUCGCAUUUCUAGACGAAUAAUUCCUACCACAGUGCAGGCACGACCCAAUGAUUGCGUGCAUGUCUUCACAAGUAUCUCGUGAUGAGUAAACAACUGUUGCCCUGCGCAUAUUUACCAGGAAAUGGUCUGUGAGUACAGAACCCAGUCCCCAACUCACCCGUGCCCAAGAGCGUCGCCAGCCGAUAACCUGGGGGGGGGGGGGGGGGGGGGGGGGGGGGGGCAAGUUGAUAUAUGGAGCCAUGCUUCAACAGUAGAUUAUAGCAGCGCAGAAGGAAUACUUGGAAUGGAAUAAGUGAAAUCAUUCGAGUUUCGACGUACGAGACUUGCUUGAUCGUUCAAACCAAUCAUAUUGCCUUGUCGUGAAUAAUAGUUUUUUAGUAGUGUUUUUUUAAUAGUGUACCACGAACAUUUCAUUUAGCAUGUCUGCAAUAUGUAUCAUCAACUGUAUUUGACAGAACUGAUGCAGCAUUGUUAAAUAUGAGGCUUUCGUUUCCUGGAAGGACAGACGGAACAUUAGAACAAGUCUAUUUCCAUAAUUCCUUCAAAUGCAGUGACACAAUUCGUUUACUGAUGCUGUGUAUUAAUUAUUUACUUUGCUAUGUAUUAUACUAGAUUAGAUUUAGACCAAAAAAAGAGUAUUCCUGAAAAUUAGAGACUUCCAAAAUUACUAUAACCAGUAAAAGAUUUAUAAUAUAUUACCUUUAAAGUGCGUAAUGUGCGAACUUUAACACACAGUGUAAAAAAUUGUAGUUACUUCAUUUUGAUAAAUAUUUUUCCUUUCCUUUGGCUUCGGGCCUUCAGUAGUAAAGAUUGGUGAUCGCUGAUCAUUGUUAUUGUAGUAUUAUAUUUGUAGUCUGCUACCGUGAAUUACUUUAAUUUUUUUACAAAUUAGUUUGUGUUAUAUAAAAACUAAGAAUUGUUUGUGCGCUAUGUUUAUCUCAAUUUUUGCAUAAUUUUGGACUAUUUCUGCAGUUGUAACUAGACAUUAUAUGUGUGAA